CCAGUGACUCUCCUCGCCAUUUUGAGGUGAGACGCCGAAGGGGGAGGACGCCGCGCCGCUCGCUCUCGCAUUUCUUCGUUCUGAGGUGAUUGGACUAUUGUUCCGGGAGUGUAUGGCAAGGGAACACGUGGGCUAUUGUGGGAAGAAUAGGAGAAAACAUCGCCGUGAAAAUUGUGACAUUUCCAAGCGCAUAAAAGUUGACAAUAAGAAAAAUCGUAACUGACAUUUUCACUCAAAAGAUAAGGCAAGAAAAAGGACGAGAAGUCAAGGAAGGCGACCAUGUCACUCGACUGAAUCCCCCGAGAAAAUAAAAGUGACAACAACUGCAACCUCACGCCUACCUGGCAAGCGCAGCCGUCCUCUGGGGAAAAGUAGGAGCUCCCACGUCACAGCAAGCGAGCCCCUCAAGACAACCUCAGAAAUUACCCCUUAACCCCUAAAACUCCUUCCCGCCACCUCAUCCCAUUAUCCCCCCCAACACACCCCUUUAAAAUCCACAAAAAAUCCCAGGUGCCCCUAAAUUCCCUCUGAGCCCUUAAACCCCCUUAAAGUCCCCUUGAGCCCCCUCGAGCCCCUUCGAGCCCCCAAAUGAAGAGGAUGGAGAAGGGCGUGGAGUACCUGGACCAGCCGCAGCUGUACGCGACGCACUACAUCCGCAACUCGAAGGCGAUCGGCGUCCUGUGGGGCGUCUUCACCAUCUGCUUCGCCAUCAUCAACAUCGUGGUGUUCGUGCAGCCGCAGUGGAUCGGCGACACGCUCGACUCCAAGAGGACAGGGUACUUCGGCCUGUGGAAGUGGUGCACGGCCAACGCGGGCGGCAAGCUGGAGUGCACGGGGAAGCUGGACGACUUCGACUCGCUCCUGAGCACGUCCUUCAAGGCGGCCACCAUCCUCGUGGGCCUCUCGGUGGUCAUCACGCUGCUGUGCAUCUGCUGCAUGCUGCUCUUCUUCUUCUGCAGCUCCGCCACCGUCUUCCACGUCUCCGGCUGCCUCCAGCUGCUCUCCGCCGCCCUCCUGCUGGUGGGCGUGGUGGUGUUCCCGACGGGCUGGGAGGCCAGCGAGGUGCGCGAGGUGUGCGGCCCGACCGCCCGCCACUUCAACGUGGGGGCGUGUGAGGUGCGCUGGGCCUACGUCCUCGCCAUCAUCGGCGUGAUGGACGCCGUCGUGCUGUCCGCCCUCGCCUUCGUGCUCGCCACCAGGCACGUCAGGCUGCAGCCCGAGCCGGAGCCGGUCUACGGGGGCUCCGUCUACAAGGGCCAGAUGAACCCCGGCUUCGUGGGCGACGCGGGCAGCCUGGCGGGGUCGCGCAAGUCGCUGAACCUGCAGCCGGUGAUGCUGAUGCCGCACCCGGACCACGACCGCUUCUCCGAGUUCUCGCACCACACCGCCCGCUCCAAGGCGUCCGCCUACCGCGCGCACUACGCGUCCUCCGUGCAGAACUUCCAGCUGUGAGGACGGGGAGGGAAGGAGGGGGAGGGGCGGGAAGGAUAGGAAGGGAGGGAUAGGAAGGAGGGAGGGAGGACAUCGAGUGGAGGAUGAAGAGAGAGAGAGAGAGAGAGAGAGAGAGAGAGAGAGAGAGAGAGAGAGAGAGAGAGAGAGAGAGAGAGAGAGAGAGAGAGAGAGAUAGAGAAAGAGAGAGAGAGAGAGAGAAUCAGAUAAAACGUAGCUAAUAACUCUUGGGAAAUAGGAAAGCUUCCGUUAACUCAAUUACACUGACAUGUCGUGUCCUAAUGUUGAAAGAGGAGCCGUAUCAUUGAACUUUCAACCGUAGUUGCAGUAACAGCUGAUUUAAUGUGCAAUAUAUGUUGCAUAGAAUAACUUUACAAUGAUCUAGGUGUGUCUUCCAUACGUUUGUGUGGGUUAUUGUGUGUGUAUGGAUGUGUCAUGUCUGUAUGUUUGUGUAUGCUUUUGUACAUGAUUCUGUAUGUGUGUGUGUGUCUGUGUUACGUGUGUAUGUUUUUAGCAUGACUGUGUGUAUGUAUGUAUGAUGGGUGAGGUUUUUAUAUGUGUGUUUGUGCGCGACUGUCAGAAGCAAAUCCAAUACUACUUAUAAACAGUAAGCUUCUAAACAAACAAACAAACAUUGUUUGACGAGGGAAACCAAGGGUCCAAUCCGCAUAUUGUUAAUAUUCUUUUAUUUUAUUAUCAUACUUAUAAAUAUCUUUGAAGUCGCUUUAAAGUCGCUUUAAAGUUAUGUAAUAUAUAAUGUUACUCUCAUUUUUUGCCAUAUAUUGAGAGAGAGCAGUGUUCUGUUCUGCUCUUUGUGUAUAUGUAUAUUAUAAACAUAAACACAGA